AUGUGUGGUAUCUUCGCGUGUCACCAUCACCCUGAUGUGCAAAAAUUCAAGCCCACGGCUUUGCGCAUGGCCAAAGCUGUGCGCCAUCGUGGUCCCGAUUGGAGUGAGUCACAGUGCAUUCGAGAUCUAGUUCUCGUUCACGAGCGUCUGAGUAUCGUCGGUCUCGACUCCGGAGCGCAGCCCCUUGUCAACGACGAUGGCUCCAUUGCCCUGGCCGUCAAUGGCGAGAUAUACAACCACCGAAUCCUGAGAAAGGGAUUGAAGAGCGGUUACAACUUCAAGACACAUUCGGAUUGCGAGGUCAUCAUUCCUCUGUAUAUGGAACACGGUCUCGAUGCCCCCAAAUACCUUGAUGGCAUGUUCUCUUGGGUUCUCUAUGAUAAGAAGGAAGACAGAGUUAUCGCCGCUCGUGACCCCAUCGGUGUCACCAGCUUCUACCUUGGAUGGUCCUCUGAGACCCCCGGUGCUGUUUACUUCGCCUCCGAGUUGAAGUGCCUGCACCCCGUUUGCGACAAGAUCGAGGCCUUCCCUCCAGGCCAUGUGUACGACUCCAAGACCGGUUCGUUGACCCGCUACUACCAGCCCAAGUGGUGGGAUCCCACCAACGUCCCCACAACCCCCGUUGAUUACAAGGUCAUCCGGGCUUCGUUGGAGAAGUCCGUUCGCAAGCGUCUCAUGGCUGAGGUUCCUUACGGUGUUUUGCUGUCCGGUGGUCUCGAUUCCAGCUUGGUCGCGUCUAUUGCCCAGCGGGAGACUCUGCGCAUGCAGGAAGCCGCGAAGAACGCCCUUGCUAACCAGACCGGUUCCUCUGAUCUGGUCGGCAUCGACGAUUCCAACGAGCUGUCGACCGUCACCACCUUCCAGCAGCUCCACUCCUUCUCCAUCGGUCUUCCCGGUGCCCCCGACACAGAAGCUGCCCUCGAGGUCGCCAGAUUCCUCGGCACAAAGCACUAUGCGUUCACUUUCACCAUCGAGGAGGGUCUCGACGCUCUUUCCGACGUUAUCUACCACCUUGAGACUUAUGACGUGACCACCAUUCGUGCUUCGACGCCCAUGUACCUACUCAGCCGUAAAAUCAAGGCUAUGGGUGUGAAGAUGGUUCUCAGCGGAGAAGGAAGUGACGAGAUCUUUGGUGGUUACCUGUAUUUCCACGCCGCCCCCAACAAGGAGGAGUUCCACAAGGAGACUGUCAGACGUGUCAAGGCUUUGCACUUGGCAGACUGCCUCAGAGCCAACAAGUCCACCUCUGCCUGGGGUCUUGAGGCUCGUGUUCCUUUCUUGGACAAGGAAUUCCUCGAGGUCGCCAUGGGCGUCGACCCCCAGGAUAAGCUCAUCACCAAGGAGCGCAUCGAGAAGUACAUUCUCCGCAAGGCAUUCGACACCACCGACGAGCCCGACGUCAAGCCUUACCUGCCCGAGAAGAUCCUUUGGCGCCAGAAGGAGCAGUUUAGCGAUGGUGUCGGCUACGGGUGGAUUGAUGCCCUCAAGGACCAGGCCGAAAUUCGCGUCACCGACGAGAUGAUGAAGAACCCCAAGCCCGAAUGGGGUAGCGAUAUCCCCGAUACCAAGGAAGCUUACUGGUACCGUACGAUGUUCGACGAGCACUUCCCUCCCUACUGCGCGUCCACCGUUGAGCGCUGGACACCGACAUGGUCGAAGCAGACUGACCCCAGUGGAAGAGCUAUUGCGAUCCAUGCCGCCAAGUACGAAAACGUCGAGUAA